AUGGCUGCUGUGUUCCCCACAGACCCAGGACACACCCACACCCUGUCUCUGUCCCGGGAGCCCAAGAAGCCUGGGGUGUGCCCACAGAUCACCUCCUGUGCCACAGCCCCGGGCACCUGUGCUGCCCGCUGUCUCCCCCAAGGAUCCGGAGCCCCUCCACAGCAGAGCUCUCUCGCCACAGCUCUGGUGCCAGUCACCCAUACAGAGCCGACAGGCCCCACCACCUGCGGUUCCCCCACAGCCCCGUUUACCCACACGGUCCCACGGUCUCGUGCAGCCUCCAUCGAGACUGCAGAGCCAGGUGUUCCCGCAGCCUCGUUUUCCCCCGAGGCCUGGGCUCUUCCCGCUGCUUGUCUUCUCCCCCAUGGCCGCCGACGGUUCGGCAGCCUGUCCGCACUCACGCAGCGCGUCUCCCGCACGGAACACCUCGCCCGGCGCCUAGUUCCACGGCCUCGGAACAACCCUGCACCCCAUCUCUUCCCCCAAGGCCGCCGGACUCCGCGUCCGGACCGGCUGGGUCCCACGCAUAGGCCCGGUCUCUCUGCCGCGAGCUCGCGCACGCUCGACCCGGGCAAGGCCCCUUGGCCAGCCGCCCCACUCAUCGCUCCAGGAUGA